AUGCGCUGCCCCGGGGCCCCCGCACCUCCCCCUGGGGUCUGGAGCGCAGGGGAAAAGCCCGUGGGGCGCCCCGGCGGUGCACCCGCCGUCCCGUCCCGCCAUCCCACGCCGCCCGCCGCGGGCCCGGGGCGCCGCAGCCCCCAGCCCCCCGAGGCGACGCCCUUCCGCCCGCCGCGCGUCGCGGGGCCCCGCGUCCCGGGCCGCGGACCGGCCAGAGCGCAGACAAUGACGGGCGCGGGGAGCCGCCCGGCCGCCGGGCCCCGCGAGGCGCGGACCACAAAAGUAACUUGCCCGCCGCUCCCCGCCCAACUCCUACCUGCCGCGCAGCUCCUCGCCGCCUCCGCGUGGCCGCUGGCCACACUCUGCACGGUCGUCUGCGGGGUACCCGAAGGCAAAGACGGACACUGGACGGUCCCGGUCGCCGUGCGCCUGGAGGUGCGCGGAAAGUUCGUGCUCCCGUGGGUCUCGGAACGCGAAUCCCGCCCGCCACUGGACGCAGCGCCCUUCCCUUCCUGCCGCCUCCCCGCUCCCCACCCCCUCGAUGGGCUUUAA